GCGCGCUUUUAUAUAAUGGCAGCGAACGAGAAAGUAACAUUGAAUUCUCGACUGUCAAGAACCGUAGUCACCAAACUGUCAACAAUGAAGAUCGCGAGGUUGUCACACUUAUCAGCCAUCCUGUUUUGCAUCUACCUUAUUCAUUCAGUUGCUGCUGAAAAAUGUCCAUCUGAAAACUGCAUGACUAGCAGCGAUAAAUGUCUCGAAACUUCAGAUAAAGUUUGCGAAAAUCCAGGAGAUUCAUGUUGUUCCGUUCUUAAAUCAGAAUAUGCGAGUCUGUGCCAUCAAUUCGGUGGUCUGUGCAGAAGCGACUUUUGCGGCCCAAAACUCCGACGAAGGGCUAAUGAUUGUGCAGAUAAUGAAGUUUGUUGUGUUUUAGUCUGAUAAAAUCAGAAAAAAGCAGGAAAAAUAUUUUGUUGAUUUUUAAGUAAAUUGAAUAAUAAUAAUUAUUAUAUUUUGUAUAAUCCUGUUGUAA